AUGGGUGGUACACAUUCAAGUAAUCUGAUGUCUGAUGUUAAUGUGCUUAUAGUUGGUGAUAAAAAUACUGAAAAAUAUAAAUUUAGUGUCAAGAAUAGAUUUGAUAUUAGUUUCAUAAAACCUGAUGCUAUAUUGAAAAUUCAUAAUCAUUGGAUAAAUAAUGAAGAUCGAACCAAUCCAGAAUUGAUUAAAGUUGAUACUUAUAGAUUACCUAUAUUUGAAAAUCUCAGUAUAUGUCUAUCAAGAAUAUCAUUAGAUUCACAUAUAUCAACAUUUGAUAAAGAAAAUUUCAUAAAAAUUAUAAAAGAAAAUGGAGGUCAAGUUUCAGAUUCUUUGACAACAACCAGUUCAUGCUUAAUCACAAAUGAAAAAAGUGGGAGACGUUAUGAAAUGUCUAAAAAAUGGCAAAUACCCAUUAUCCAUCCACUUUGGAUCUUACAUUCUGUCAAAAGAAAAGCUUCACUUGAUUUCCAAUAUUAUAAUAUUGAAUUAAUACAAGAUGAAAAUAAUAUUGGAGAAGAUUCUUGUAAAGUUUGGGAUAAUUUAAGAAAGCAUAAACGAAAAAAAAUUGUAUUGGAUGAAGAGGAAGAAAAAGAAAAACCCAAAGAAUUAAAAGAAAAUGUUAAAAAAAAUUCUGAAAUUUGGAAUUCAAUUAUGAAAAAUAAUAAUAAAGAACAAAUCUUAGCCAAAAGAAAUGUUAGUUCAUGGGAUGAAAAUAUUAAUGAGGAUGAAAAUAUAAAUAAUCCAGAAAAAAUAACUAUAGAUUUAAACAAAAAAUCAAGACCAAAUUUAGAAGUUACGAGAUCAAGAUUGACACCAGUUGUUACUUCUCAUCUUUUCAAAAAUCAAAGUUUCCAAAUUCUAAUGUUUGAUGAUUCUAAAAAGGCAACUUUAACAAAAGUCAUAGAAUCUCAUAGUGGAUCUAUAUUUUCAGAUAAUAAUGAUGAAGAAAAUCCAAAGUUUAUAAUUAUACCUUCAAAUUUCCCUAUUGAUGAUUUACCAAAACAUUUAAUGAAAUAUGAAUUAAUUACAGAAUGGUUCGUUGAAAGAUGCUUACAUUAUAAUAAGUUAAUUGUUGAUGAUUGGGGUAGACCUUUUUAUAAAUCCAAUAUGUCAAAUAGACCCAACCUCCCAAAAUUAAAUAUAUCAAUAACUGGGUUUCAAGGUAUUGAACUAUUACAUACCAUCAAACUUAUAGAAUUAUCAGGCUUCAGGUUUCAUGAAGUAUUGAAUGGUGAUAGAGAUUUAUUAAUAAUCAAUAUUGAAACUGUUAAUAUAGGAUCAAGUGAUCAUACAUUAUUACAAAAAUAUCCUUCAUUAUUCACUAAAUCUUCAAAAGAUUUUAGUAAAACUACAUUAAAUUCUACAAAGAAAAAAAUUAGGUUUGCCAAACAGAAAAGUAUUCCAAUUGUUUCAAUAUCAUUUAUACUUUCAUUGUUAAAAGAAAAUCAUAUCGGUUGUGUUAAUUCAAGACAAUGGUGUAUUUAUUGUCCUAGUGCUAUGAGAAUUAAAGAAUCAUUAAUCAGUCUAGUUGAAAUAAAUCCAAAUAAAUCCACUAGUGCAUUAAAUAACGAUCAAAAUGAUAAUAAUCAAUUAAAGAAGGCAGAUCUAGAAUCACCAACUCGUCAACCUUCAAUUCCUCAAUUACCAUCUCCGAUUAGAAAUAAGAGAAAAGACAAUUGGGGAAGAUUGGUUGGAAGAGCAUCCAAAUCACAACUUGAUAGUUUAGAAAUGCAACAACCCACUGCUGAUCCAAUAGAUCAAAUUGAUAAUGACCAAGCGACUAAUUCUACACAAAUAAGUUAUGAACAAUCACAAACUAAUGAUAAAUUAUUAAAAUUAUUAAAUAGAGAAAAUGAAGAUCCAAAUACCAAUAAGAGAAAAAUUCCAAAUAUUCACCACACAACUUCAAACCACAACACAAAUGAUCAUCCUAGAAAGAGAACAAGAGCAGGCUAUAAAGAAAUGGUAGAUGUCUUGGAUGACAAUUAA